GUUGCAGCAGUCAGCCGAACAACAGCAAACUUUGAGUCUUCUUCUCUUUACUGAACAAAUAGGCAAGACAUUUAUCGUGCUCCUUGGGGUCUACCAACAAUUUGCACCUAAAAUGGAUCUUAUCAGGGACGUAGUUUACCGUGUGAUAGUAUUCAGCAUAAGAGUCUAUAAAUACUUGGAGUGGUUGCUAAUUGAAUACGCUGAAGAUUUCGUUGAGCAACAUUUGAAUAAGAUUUUCAAAAAGGCAGGAAUUGUUUUGGAUGGCCCAAAGAGGUACGACCCAAAAAUUAAUGACAAGAAGGAAUUCUACACUCGUGUGGUGUCUAACGCGUUGCUCGGACUAGGCGAAGGGUACAUGGAGAAAAUUUGGGAUGUAGAAGAUUUGGAAGAAUUUGCAUACCAAGGCUUGAAACACGAUCUCGCAAAGGAGUACCUCGGACCGGUUAAUAAAAUUACAAACUACAUGUUGCUGCAAGCCAUAAACCUGCAAACCCAAAAAAAGUCUUUCGAAGUAGGGGAACAGCAUUACAAUCUUGGGAAUGAACUUUUCGAAUGCAUGUUGGACCCCACCAUGCAAUACUCGUGCGGAUACUGGAAGGACGCCACCAAUCUUGAGCAAGCACAACUUGCCAAGCUGAAUCUCAUUGGGGAGAAAUUGAAGCUCAAGCCUGGAAUGACCGUGCUCGACAUUGGGUGUGGGUGGGGAGGACUUGCGAAAUAUCUUGCAGAAAAUUUUGGGGUUUCAGUAGUCGGUUGCACUAUUUCUAUUGAGCAAGCGAAACUGGCGAGAGAGCGGUGUGAAGGAUUAAACGUUGAAAUAGUGGUGCAGGAUUAUAGGGACAUCCAGGAAAAAUUCGACCGCAUCGUGUCCGUAGGCAUGUUUGAACACGUUGGCCCGCAGAAUUAUCCGACCUUUUUUGAGAUGACAAAUCGAUGUUUGAAAGAUGACGGGAUCUUACUAUUGCAUACCAUUGGCGUAUCGCACAAUAACGUUCCUCUCACCGAACCUUGGUUCCACAAGUACAUUUUUAGAAAUGCAGUACUUCCUUAUCACACCGACAUCCCCAAAGCCACCGAUGGCCUGUUUAUACUCGAGGAUUGGCACAACAUGGGACACGAUUACUCUUUAACGCUACGAGAGUGGAAAAAGAAUUUCGAAAACAAUUGGGAACAACUUUCGAUGGGAAAGAAAGUCGACGAGAAGUUUUAUAGGAUGUGGAUCUAUUACCUCACAAUUUCAGCAGCGUGUUUUCGAGCAAGAAAGUAUCAAUUGUGGCAGAUUGUGAUGUCCAAGAAUGGAAUCGAAGGUGGAUAUCAAUCAGUUCGUUAACAUGUGAUACAAUAUUUUAGCAUCACAUUAUAGAUAUUUUGUAACUAUAUUUAAGGUGAUUCAUGCGUUUGUAUAUAUACUUGUGUAUAUAUUUGAUGCAAUACAAAUAUGAAUGAAAGUGAUAAAAUUUGAAUGACAAGAAAAAUACUUGUUGAUCCAGCUUGACGUACGGUUCACACAAUAUUAGAUUAUAUUACGGGAACAACAACACAUAUAAUAACAUUAAUGAUAAUAAUAUCUCAUGAUUGUAUUAUUUAGAACUUCAGAAGGCACUGUUGGCUGUGUAUCUUUUAGUUUUAGGUACACAUUUUUUGUAUAUAAAUAAUAAUAAUAUAAUUCAAGGAAUGUGUAAUUGUCAAAACAUUACAAAAUACAGAGUAUAGUAAUUUGAACAAGUGAAGCUAUGCAUAUUGUAAAACGGAAUGGAAUUUACGACAUUUAGAGUAAAAUGUAUGUUAAUACAAGAUGUGAGAUUUUAAUAUACAUAAGCUAUUAAAAAAGUACAAUUUUUAAA